CCGUCAAAGAAAAGAGAGAGAAAGAAAGGAGCAGAUAAAUUAUUUUAAAAUACAAAAAAUGUCUAAAGCGCCAGCUAUUGGAAUUGAUCUUGGCACAACUUACUCUUGUGUUGGAGUUUUCCAACACGGAAAAGUUGAAAUAAUUGCUAACGAGCAAGGGAAUCGCACCACUCCAAGUUACGUUGCAUUUACCGACACAGAAAGAUUAAUUGGAGAUGCAGCAAAAAAUCAAGUUGCUAUGAACCCUUCAAACACAGUGUUUGAUGCGAAACGAUUGAUUGGUAGAAAAUUUAACGAUCCAUCGGUCACUUCAGAUAGAAAACAUUGGCCAUUUAAUGUUAUAGAUGAUGGAUCCAGGCCAAAGAUUCAAGUUGAGUUUAAAGGAGAAACGAAAUCAUUCUACCCAGAGGAGAUAUCCUCCAUGGUGCUGCUAAAGAUGAAGGAAAUAGCGGAUGCGUAUCUUGGUAAAAAAGUCACAGAUGUUGUCAUAACUGUACCUGCUUACUUUAAUGAUUCUCAACGUCAAGCAACUAAAGAUGCGGGAGUUAUUGCUGGGUUGAAUGUUUUGCGAAUUAUCAAUGAACCGACUGCAGCUGCGAUUGCUUAUGGUCUCGAUAAAAAAGUUGGAACGGAGAAAAAUGUGCUUAUCUUUGAUUUGGGUGGUGGAACUUUUGAUGUUUCUAUUCUUGCGAUAGAAGAUGGUAUAUUUGAAGUAAAAUCAACUGCAGGUGACACACAUCUUGGUGGUGAAGAUUUCGAUAAUCGUCUUGUCAACCAUUUUGUUGAUGAAUUUAAAAGAAAACAUAAAAAAGAUAUUUCUUCCAACAAAAGAGCUCUGCGACGCUUACGAACAGCAUGCGAGAGGGCUAAGAGAACACUUUCAGCCAGUACUCAAGCAAGUGUUGAAAUUGAUUCUUUGUUUGAUGGAAUUGAUUUUUACACGUCAAUCACACGCGCACGUUUUGAAGAGUUAUGCAUUGAUUUGUUUAGAGGUACCCUAGGUCCUGUUGCGGAUGCUAUUAGAGAUGCUGGAAAAAACAGUAGCGGUCAAAAUUUCUCAAAGUCUGACAUCCACGAAGUUGUUUUGGUUGGUGGCUCAACUCGUAUUCCAAAAGUGCAAAGUCUACUUCAGGAAUUUUUUAAUGGUAAGGAGCUCAACAAAUCAAUUAAUCCGGAUGAAGCUGUUGCUUAUGGUGCCGCUGUUCAAGCAGCUAUUUUGGCUGGUGAUAAACAUGAAGCAGUUCAAGAUCUAUUACUUCUUGAUGUCGCACCUUUAUCACUUGGAAUUGAGACAGCUGGUGGAGUAUUUACUCCAUUAAUUAAAAGAAACACUACUGUUCCAACUAAAUAUUCCCAGGUGUUCACGACGUAUUCAGACAAUCAACCUGGAGUUUUAAUCCAAGUUUUUGAGGGAGAAAGAAGUAUGACAGCCCACAAUAACCUCCUGGGCAAGUUUGAACUCUCGGGUAUUCCACCUGCUCCAAGAGGUGUUCCUCAAAUCGAGGUAACUUUUGAUGUUGAUGCAAAUGGAAUUCUAAAUGUUUCUGCACUAGACAAAAGUACUGGAAAAGAAAAUAAAAUUACCAUAACUAAUGAUAAAGGUCGUCUUUCUAAAGAAGAUAUUGAAAGGAUGGUGCAAGAAGCUGAAAAGUACAAAGCCGAUGACGAACUUCAGCGAGAUAAAGUUCAAGCAAAGAACUCUUUGGAAAGCUACUGUUAUAAUAUGAAACAAACUGUUGAGGAUGAAAAAGUUAAAGGAAAAAUUAGCGAAGAAGAUAAAAAGACCAUUAUUAAAAAAUGCAAUGAAACGGUAGAAUGGGUUGAUAAAAAUCAGACUGCCGAAAAAGAUGAGUAUGAGCAUAAACAAAAAGAACUUGAAAAAGUGUGCAACCCUAUUAUUACGAAGCUUUAUCAAGCUGGUGGUGGUAUGCCAGGUGGUAUGCCAGGUGGUAUGCCAGGUGGUAUGCCAGGGAGUGGCUCUAAAGGUAGUUCCGGUGGACCAACUAUAGAAGAAGUAGAUUAAAUGUAUUUAUUAAAUUCAACUAUUUGUAUUUAUUGUAGAUUUAUUUUUACAUGUGUAUUAUAAAUGUAAUAGGAAAUAUAAAUUAUGCAAUCA